ACCGGCGGAUGGGCUUUUGGCUAAUUCGAAGUUGGGUAUGACCAUGCUUCAUGAGCCGGGUGUGGUUCUUCCUUUGGUUCAGCGAGCUGAUCGCGGUUUGGAGGGCGAUGGUGCGGAGGCCGGGGAGGCCGCUACGCCCAUGCAUGGCUCAUUCGCGAGGGGCAUGUCGAUCGCUGUUCGGACUGGUGCGCCAAGUCUGCCUGUGCAUGGUGCUUGCAGCCCAGGCAGCGGCACUACGUCGACCGGUGCGCCGAUCGCACCAGGCAAGUCGAUUUUGCCGCAGACUUUGGUCUCUUCACCGCUGGCUAAAGUGUCAUCACAGCAUUUUAUGUCUGAAGGCAGUACCAGUUUACCUAUGGAGUCCUCAAAACGCACAUACAUUCACAUGGUAAAACCCAAACGGAGCAAGUCUACUGUGUCUCCUUUGCCAGUGUCGGUCCAUCAUAUGGCAGAUGGGGCUACCAAGAAUAACAUGAAACCGGUUACAGUAAAUACUCCAGUAUCUAAAGCCUUCUCUACUGAAGAGGUGAUUGCUUUUGGCGGCAUAAAGUCACAGGAGGUAACAGGUGUGAGGUCGAGUGGAAGACUCCGAGCUCAGCCUAAUGCAGAUGCGACCCAGCUUGAAAAGGCUAUGAUGCUUGCACAAAGGCGUAAUGAGAGCUUUGCGCAAGGUUAUUCAUCGAGCUGUGCAUUGGAUACAGUUAUGGGCUUUCCUACUACCGGAGGAUCAGCGCAAGGAUAUGGAUACUGGAUGCAACAAGCUGCUGUUGGUUACUCAGGAUUUCUACUACCGGGCUACUGGAUGGCGACACAGUAAUAGGAUAGAGUAUGGCUAGCCUAUUUAGGUGUCUGUUUUUCCGUUGGUUGAUUCAUGUAGCAACCUUGUCGGAUCCAUGACUGUACUUUUUAUACUGUUGCUUUCGUACUCGAUACUUUGAGAUCUUUAAUAAAGGGCCGUGUGCAUCAAUUGAUGCAGAGGCUGGAGCUUUUGCUCCUUUAUC